AAGCUCCUCGUCUCCCCCCAGGACACCAUGGUGCCCCAGGGCGCGUGGUGCUUCGUCGUCGCGCUGUGGGCGCUGGUCCCCGCAGCCCGUGGGGCGCGACGGGAGGACGACGCGGGCACGGCCUCGGCACUCCGGGUGGACCGGGCCGGACGCUACCUCGCCGAACCGGGGGACCCCCGCGAAGGCGACGAGCGGUGCGGCCUCACCUUCCGCACCCCCAGCCCCUGCAGCCCCGGCGGGCCGCCUCCGUCCCCUGCCACCCGGGAUGAGCUGGACCAUCUCAAGAACCUCCUGCAGGACACCAGGGCCAGCCUGAAGCGGGUGGAGACUGCGGCCAAGCUGGAAGACGGCGCAGCCCGGUAUCAGGAUAUCAUCGCCGAGGCGUUGCCUGCCAUCCACGGGGCUAAUCUGGAGUUUCGGGAGAGCCUGGACAACGUCCGCAAGGAGCUGGAGGUGCACGUGGCUGAAGCCGAUCACCCAGAGGUGGCAGAGAAGAGGCAGAAGCUGCGGAAAGGCGUGCGGGUGCUGGCGCACGUGCUGCGGCUCACCGGCCACCUCGCCGAGGAGCUCGACGCCGCCUCCCACCACCUCGGGGCCGAGCUGGGCCAGCACCUGCAGCGCUUGGCCGCCUGGGCCGCGGACGAGCCCUAGGGGAGCUGGGGCGGCGGUGGAGGAAAAGCCCUGCUGCGCUCGCAGGCGUCGCCGGACCGGGCUCCGCCGUGCUCUGCCUUGCUUGCGCGCGCUGGCAGCGCCCCGUUCUGCGCCAGCCCCGGCCCGUCGCUGCGGCUCCUCUCCGAGGGAGCCCGCGCAGCCCGGCCGCCGCGAGCCGGGGGCUCAGCCCGCCAGCGGGGAGCUUGCGAAACGGCCUUGGUGCUGCUCGAGGCGGCGGGAGCCCCGGGAAGGGCGACGGCCUGCUCCGCGCUGCCCUGAUCCUGCGCCAAGCUGCCGCGGUUCCCGCGGUGCAACCCAAGCGUUUCCUUGCAUUUAUCCCGCCGGAGCUCAGCCCUCGUAUAGCAGAGCUAAGGGCAGACGUGUGCAAAGCUAAAGGCGCCCGACCGGGUCGAGUGGCACUGGAGCGCAUCGGGGUUCGUCAUCUCCCCUCCGAACUGCUGGGCAGCCGAAAGCAUCCUCCCGCUUUCCCUCUACCUGCACCGCCGUCUUCGGGAUAACCGCUCCGGGCAGCGAGCUGAGGCCCCGGCCCUGCAACAAGGCUCGUGGUGCCGCAGAGUCCCUCCCUGCUCGGCCCUGGGCAUUUUCUGCCUAGCAGAUAUUAGCAGGCUGUAUUCAAUUCUGCUCUCGUUCUUCUGUGCAAGCAACUAGACAGACCCGACGUGAAACCUCUUGCCACAAGCCUUCUCCAACCCUUUGGUCCUCUUCACAGUGCUUUUUCCAUGCAGGCUCCCUUUUCCAAUAGCCGUUCGCAGCUAGCUGGACCGGCACGCCAACAUAUAAGGCACCGAUGCCACAUCGCUCGCCUUGCUUGGAUGCUGUCAGCCCUCGCCCGGGCUCCUGGGGCUCCGCGGUGUCCCAGCGUUUGCUAAAAACUAACCCCAGGAGCCAGAGCCAGGCGUUUGGGGACGUGGCUCUGCCUCCGUGGUGAGCAACAACCUGGCGCAGACGGGCAAGGGCUGAGGCUGCCUCCCGCCCUGGUUAAUCCUUCAGCCCAGACACAGCGCUCGGCGCGCGUUAUCCAGGCUCGCUGAUUUAAAAAGCCUUUUUGCUGCUCAGCCGCUAGCAGCUGGUGCCUUGGUCGGAGAGCUGGGGCCUUCCGAGCUGGGAAGCCGAGGCCGCGACGGGGGUGGGAUUGCUGCGCGUAAAUGCACGUGGCUGAAGUUGCAGGAAAGCCUUGGAUCACACGCCGGAGAAGGACUGGCCAGAAAUAAGCCAAGGCUGGAAAUUAGGGCCCUCCUAGCCUGUAGGUAGCACCAACCACUGGAAAACAGCUGGAAACAGAGAAACCCUCCUGAUGGGAGGCUGGAGGGCUCGGGGGGGCACAAGAGCCCCCGUACGUCUGUGGUGCAAGAGCCCCCACCCCAAGGCCAGGCGAAAGUGAGAAAUACCCCUGGGCUUCACCAGCACUUUUCUCGGAGCUGCAGCCAGCAUAAUAAAGACGCAUUGCGCUGUACCAGG